AGCUGAAGAUGGAGCUGCGCACACACAUAUUCCCCACCUGUCUUUGACCUAAAAUUAAGAUAUUGCCAAACAUCGAGUAAUUUGGAGGACUUUUUUUGUGGACAAUGUGGAGAUACAGCGUGCAUGUGUGGAUGCUAUGGUUGCUUUAUGCAGGCACUUUGUCCAGUGAGGACAUCAACGGAUGUGAACUGCAGCCAUGCCAAAAUGGUGGCAUAUGUGAGAGCCACAGUUGGGGAUUCAGAUGCCUUUGCUCCCAACAGAGCCAAAAUGGAUGCCUAUAUGGGGGUGAAAAUUGCACAACUUUACUUUCAGGCUGUGAUGACAACCAGUGUGAGAAUGGAGGAAUCUGCUCUCCUUCACUUGUAAAUGAUGAGCACACUUACUCAUGUGUCUGCCUUGCUGGCUUCAGGGGCUCGAAAUGUGAGACCCCCACCGUCUUCUCAUUUGAGUCCAGAGGCUACAUGUACAUGGAGACACAGCUUCUAGACCCAGAGGCCCCUGUUCGCAUCACAUUCAGCUUCAAAACAGGAAGAGCAUUCGGUACCCUCUUGCAGCGCAGAGUGGACGACCUGCUCCUCAGCGUCGAGCUGAUGGAUGGGUGUAUCCGCCUCAGUAGCCGGAGAGCUCAAGGCUCCGGCACACUGGUUCAAGAACUCCCAGAGCACUUGUCAAACAACAAGUGGCACACUGUGGAAGCAUCACUAGGCGGCGUGGUCAGCCUCAUCAGGCUGCUCUGCACUGAAGAAGACUGCGCCAGACACGCCGGUGCUGAGAUCCAGCUUCUUGAGAGAGAGUCUCCCCUCCCCGAGCCAGGAACGGUUCCUCAAAGCCUCUUCAUGGGGGCAGUCGGGGGGAUCUGGGGUUUGGGCCGAGCAGUGGAUGAAGCAGACCCCCCGCCUGCCUUUCUAGGCUGCUUCAGAGAUGUGUUCGUGGAUUCACAUCUGGUGUUGCCUGUUCCAGUGCCAGAAGAUUCAGGCGCCCAGGCAAACAUCACGGUGGGAUGCAGCGACAGAGACAAGUGCGACGACAGCCCAUGUCUGAACCGAGGGCGCUGUGUCAGCCAGGGCUGGAGGAGCUACAGGUGUGAGUGCCACAGGCCAUAUGAGGGAAUCAACUGUGGAGAGGAGUAUAUGACUGCAAGGUUUGGAAACAAAGACCUGGAGAGUUAUGCUCGCUUCUCCUUAGAUGAUGUCCCAGGAGAUACCGUAACUAUAUCCAUGUUCAUUCGCUCCAGACAGUCCAGCGGCCUUCUCCUUAUCCUGGCCAACAGCACCAGCCAGUACCUCCGCCUGUGGCUCGAGGAGGGCAGGGUCAAAGUUCAGGUCAACAACUUUGAGACCCUUGUUGGUCGCAGGGCCGUCAGUGAUGGCCAUUUCCAUCUAGUGACUGUGAAGCUGAAAGGAAUGGCAGCCAACUUGCUCCAGUCAGCCCAGGACCAGGGCUCUAUGCCCAUCAGGCACAUCCACGCCAACUCUGGAGAUGUGGUUUUCAUCGGAGGGCUGCCAGACUCAAGGGCCUCUGCUUCGUUCGGUGGCUAUUUUAAGGGUUGUGUCCAGGAUCUGAUGAUUAACAGCAAACGAUUGCAGUUCUAUCCCAUAGAAGCUUCGGUGGAAUCUUACAACCUGGGGGAACUCCACAAUGUUGCACAAGGAUGCAGCAGUGACAACGCCUGUGCUGUCAACCCCUGUCUCAACGGGGGAGUGUGUUACUCCAUGUGGGAUGACUUCACCUGUAACUGCCCCCCUAACACUGCAGGGCAGCGCUGUGAAGAGGUUAAAUGGUGUGAGCUUUCCCCUUGCCCCACCACUGCCGUUUGUCAGCACCGCCUUCAGGGCUUUGAGUGUUUGUCCAACGUGACAUUCCGGGUUGACAGCAGCAUUUUGCACUUCCGGAGCAAUGGAAAGAUGAGACGCAGCCUCACCAAUGUGUUCCUGAGCUUCCGCACAAGACAGUCCACUGCCACCUUACUGCAUGCGCAAAAGGGCUCAGACUACCUCACCGUGUCCCUCCAGGACUCUCAUCUGGUUAUGGAGAUCCAGGCUGGUGAUGAUAAGGAUUCCCCCAAAGUCACAGUUCAAAGCCAGGCUGCAGUCAGUGGUGGAGGGUGGCACAUUGUGGAGCUCAGCAUGGAGAGCAAGACACUCCAUACCUCCAGGUGGAUCAUGGAUGUGGACGGCAGCCAGAGGGACAUGUCCGAAACAGCUGCAGGGAACCUGGAUUUUCUGAGGGAGGGAGCAGACAUUUUUCUUGGGGGCCCCAGCCUUGGGGCUGGAGUGACACUGUCUGGCUGUUUGGGUUCUGUCGAGAUCGGAGGCCUUCUUCUCCCUUUCCACCUGGACACAGAAUUAAACCUCCCCAGACCUCAGGAGGAGCAAUUUGUGAGGGUAGAUGGCAACGCUGCCCCGCAAAACGGCUGCUGGGGAGCUAGUGUGUGUGCACCCAACCCUUGUCAGAACCAGGGUGUGUGUGAGGAUCUCUUUGACCUGCACCAAUGCACUUGUCCCUCUGAGUGGACAGGGCCGCUGUGUCAAGACUCGGCAGACACUUGCGUCUCCAGCCCCUGCCUCUACGGCAACUGCACCAACUCCCCUGGGGGGUUUAAGUGUGAGUGUGAGCUGGGGUUCACCGGGGAACAGUGUGAGGUCGAAGUGGACAUGUGUGACAACAGCAAUUGCAGCAACGGUGCCACUUGCCUCAAAGGCUUCCAGAGCUAUGCAUGCCUCUGCCCCCAAAAUCUGACAGGCCAAUACUGCAAUGAUGAAAUUCCUGAAAUCCCAUGGUACAUUGAAACAAAUCCACUUCCUCAGUUGCCUGUGGCUAUGUGCAUGGGUACAAGAUGGAAAUACAGCUGCUUCAACGGAGGAAACUGCUCUGAAGUCGACAACACCUGUUACUGCCUGCCUGGUUUCACGGGACAGUGGUGCGAGAAGGAUGUAGACGAAUGUACUUCGGAACCAUGUAUGAACGGAGGCUUCUGUGUCAACUAUGUGAACAGUUUUGAGUGCGUGUGCGAUAUGAAUUACUCAGGGAUACACUGCCAAAUGGACGUCAGUGACUUCUAUUUGUACCUCUUCUUGGGCCUGUGGCAGAACCUCCUCCAGCUGGCGUCCUACCUUGUGAUGCACCUCGACGAUGAGCCAGAAGUUGAGUGGGCAUUACAGUUCAAUGAUUAGGCUCCUUUUCCGCUAUUAUGGUCAAAUUUGAUUAUUGGUCAAGAAACGAGGGUCCUUUGAGUGUAGAUGACCAGAGGAGAUGAGGAACUGUUGCAAUAAAUAUCCAUUGUGCGAAACCGUACUGGAGUACAUCUAGUGUACUGACGAGGUCAGUAAUAGAAAUGUGUCUGUUGUGAACAGAUUUACUUGGUAAUGAAUAUAAUAUUCCACCAUAUUUAUCACAGUAUAUUAAUGCAUAUUAUCUGUUUCUCAUACUGGAAACCACACUUUAGAAAGUUUUUCUUGUGCCUUAAAAUUUCCACUUUUUCCUGGAGAACUGUUUUCUAACUAGUGUAUAUUUUAUAACUGUUCACACUAACAUACAGAUACAGUGCGCUAGAGAUUAAGAAAAACUGUCUAUAG